AAGGGGAGCACCACACGUGAAAUGUCAGUCAAGGUGUCGUCGUCGUCCCCCCAAUCAUGGAUGCGAGGAAAGCGAGAGGGCAGCUGGCGCCUACCUGCAACGGGAACGAGGCGCUCUUGUUGCCCACGUAACCCCGGACGACGUGGCUCUGGAUGGACAGGACGCGGCACUCCAUGGCGGCUCCCGCUGCUCGGCCGACGACGACGGACGCGGGCUUCAGCGCAUAACAACGCCGGGGACACAAUUUCAGAUUUAGCUUAAUAUUAGCUGCAUGCUGAACCCGACGUGUGUCACGCGCACGUAUGACGGCGGCGAGCCUGCGUGCGCGCGCGCGCCCGCCUCUGCGGAUUCAAGAUCACGUCCUUGCGAAAACCUAUUAUUUAUGUCAGCGUUUGUAAACGUUACCCGUUUACCCGUUACCCGACGCAGCUCAAUACAGAAAUAUCCCCCGCAAAACCACUGGCAUGCACUCCAAGGGAUGCACUACGUAUGCCAAUGCUGCGUGUGGCGCUGUUUUGCGUAGCCGCCAAUGUAAAACGGCGAAGAAGACAUGGCGCAUGCGCUGUGGCCAAACUCGACGCAAAACUUAAAAACGUGAAAAAAAAAAAAAACAUUUUUGCGCGGACGGGCGCUUAAUGAGAAAAGACUAUUAAAAGACUAUUAGCUGACAAUAACCUUGAUGUAUGGUCGGUGUUACGAAAUAAGUUCUGUCGUCAACGGGGCGUAAAAAGCACUCACAAAGUUCGGAUGCCAAGCUGUGACGCUCCCAAGUCAAUGGCCGAACAUUGAACGUGAAAGAAAAACGUUUUCGUCCGGGUAGGGCUUAGUAAAAGUAUGUACGAUGAAAUUCUAAAAGACAGCAACUAUUAGCGAUCAUCAAUGUGUGUUUCGGUGUUACAAAAUGGGGAGGACAUCAGGGGCCAGUGCUCACUAUAGAUAAAACGACUAGAUAAGCCAGCGCUCUGAGGCAUACCGACUAACCGACGUGCCUACGUUACGGCCAUGUUGGGAAGGUCGACGUAACCAUGAAAGUAAUACUUGUACAUUGAAAUUUAGUCGUAACUUGCUCAUUUCUCAACCGAUGUUCUUAGGUUUGUCGUCUUGUUAACGCCAGCGCGUGCGCUAUCGAUAAAGACUAUAAAAAAGCGCCCCCCCUAAAAAAAUACAUUUUACCUGUGAAACUUCCCUUGUCGCAAUUGUACAUUGUUGUACGCAACCGUAUGCGCCACAAUGUACCCGCAUUGCUUUGAUAUAAUGUUUCUUGCUUUGCACACACGCACUGGCCACUUUGACCCUCCUAGCUUAGCGUCGUCGGAGACACGCAGCUAAAAAAGGGGCGUGUCGUUUCUAUCUCUUCAUAUCUGUGUCCCGGUCAUUCAAACACGUGAAAGGGCGGAAAGGGAGAAGGAAGUGGGCAAUUGUCGAAGUAACUGUGGCAGAAAUGAAGGCGUUCUGCGGACGAGCCAGCCUGCCCGUUGCGGGUUUUGACUGCGCGGAGGAGAGCGAAGAGUACGACCACCACCAGGAGAUCGCCAGGUCACGCUACGCCGACAUGCUGCACGACCGCGACAGGAACGACAAGUACUACCGGGGCAUCAGGGCCGCUGUGGCCCGUGUGCGCGCUCGGGGUGAGAAAGUCAUCGUCCUGGACAUCGGAACAGGAACCGGCCUACUGUCCAUGAUGGCUGUUACAGCUGGAGCCGACUUGUGCUACGCCGUGGAGGUUUUCGAGCCCAUGGCGGCCGCCGCCAAGUGCAUUGUGGAGAAAAACGGCUUCGCGGACAAGAUCAAGGUCAUCAACAAACACUCCACGGACGUUACCGUGGGCCCGGGCGAAGACAUGGAAACGAAGGCCAACGUCCUCAUCACAGAACUGUUCGACACGGAGCUGAUCGGCGAAGGGGCUCUGCCCAGCUACGAACACGCGCACCGGAAGCUGGUCCGGGAGGGCUGCGAGGCCGUCCCUCACCGGGCCACCGUCUACGCCCAGCUGGUGGAGUCGCAGCUGUUCUGGAGCUGGGCCCGGCUGCGGCCGGUAGAGGUGCAGGGCAGCCGGGUGCUGCCUCCGCCGGCCGUGGGCGACUGCAGCGGCGCUCAUUCGGUGUGCGACAUUCAGCUCAGCCAGAUUUCGCCCCGGAGCUUCACCGCUUUGAGCCCCGUCUGCGCCAUGUUCGCCGUGGACUUCAGUAAGCCCGUCAGCGGCGCCCCCCGGUCCUACUCCUCGCGCUUUGCGGCUCGGACCGGCGGUCGGGCUCAAGCGGUGCUCUCCUGGUGGGACCUGGACAUGGAUCCCGGCGGCGGCAUCGUGUGCACCGUGGCGCCCGGCUGGACGUACCCGCGGCCGAAGACGGCUCCGUGGCGAGACCACUGGAUGCAGAGCGUGUACUUCCUGCCUGAGGAGCGCGAGGUGGCCGAAGGUCAAGAUCUGAGUCUGGUCGUGUGCCACGACGACUACAGUCUGUGGUACGGCCUCGGGUCUCGCGGCCGCGACGCCGUUCUCUCCAGGCCGUCUUGUACGUGCCAGGCCCACCUGGCGUGGACGCGAGCGCGAUUCGGUGAACUGAACGACGAAGUUCGCACAGAGCGCUACGUCAGCGCGCUGCGCGGCGUUGUGAAGGAGGACGGCGUCUGUGUCGGAGUGAGCGACGGAAGUCUUCUUCCUGUGUUUGCUCAUCUGCUGGGGGCCAAAAAGGUGUUGAGUUUGGAAAAGUUCAGCAUGAGCAAACGGGUGAUGGAGCAGCUGCUGGAGGCCAACUCGCUGGGAGGACGAGUGGAGCUGCUGGACGUCGCGCCCGAGCAGCUGACCCGCGAACAUUUGGGAGGAGAGCAGAUCUCGCUGCUGAUAGGCGAGCCCUACUUCUGCACGAGCCUUCUGCCUUGGCACUCGCUGUACUUUUGGUACUGUCGCAGCGCCCUGGCGGGCCUUCUCCGACCCGAUGCCGCCAUCUUGCCCCGCUCCGCCACUCUUCACAUGGUGGCCGUAGAGUUCCGGGAUUUGUGGAGGAUACGCGCUCCGUGCGUUACGUGCGAGGGAUUCGAUGUCACGCCGAUGGACGAAAUGAUCCAGAAAUCGCUGGAUUUGCGCGAGGCCCGCGAGGCCGAGCCCCACCCGCUCUGGGAGUAUCCCUGUCGCGCUCUGACUCCGUCCGCAGCCGUCAUGACCUUCGACUUCACGCGCCGCGUCCCUCGGCGGCCUAUCGUCGGCCGCGGUUCUCUACCGUUGGUGAGGAGCGGCCGCUGCCACGGCGUAGCCGCGUGGUUGGAGUACAGCCUGAGCCCGGACAUCUCGGUCAGCGAGGGUUUGAGGCGACCGGUCGACGAGCGGGGCGGCUGCGAGUGGAGUCGGCACAGGAAACAGGGCGUGUACUUCUUCCGAUCCGCGCGGGAGAGCUCGGGCGACGGCGGAGCCGCCGUGGUUUACGACGUCAAAUUUGAACCCGCUUCAGGAGACGUCACGAUGGACUUCAAUAUCGAGUCUCGUUGAGAUGGAGCAAAAGAAGCGCGAGGAACUUUGGCAUUUGGCAAAAACGGGUCGAGGCGCGCUGCGGGGGAUCGGCGAACGGGACCGUUUCUUGAAACGUCUACCGUGUCUUUUGUAGAAAGAAACGAUUUACACGACAACUUUCGUUUGAAAACAUCCUCCGUAAAUAAAAAGUUUGGGUUUCAAAACAA